CAUCAUACGAGUCUUAUCGGAGUAAAGUAACUAAAACCUUAGCGAGGAAAGAAUAAUAAUAAUAAUAAAAUUUAAAGGAAAAUAGAAGCCAUUUAUUAUCAUUAUUAUUUUCUUCGAGUUUUGCCUUCAGAUUCUUCCUCUUUGUAAGUUCAAAUCUAAAAAGCCAUGGCAAAUGCAGCUUCUGGAAUGGCCGUGCAUGAUGACUGCAAGCUGAAGUUUCUAGAGCUAAAGGCUAAAAGGACAUACCGCUUCAUAGUAUUCAAGAUCGAGGAGAAACAAAAGCAGGUUGUCGUGGAAAAGCUUGGUGAGCCAAGUCAAAGCUAUGACGAUUUCACUGCUAGCCUCCCUGCCGAUGAGUGUCGAUAUGCUGUAUACGAUUUUGACUUUGUGACUGCUGAGAAUUGCCAGAAAAGCAGGAUUUUCUUCAUUGCAUGGUCUCCGGACACAUCAAGGGUGAGAAGCAAGAUGAUUUACGCAAGCUCAAAGGACAGGUUCAAGAGAGAGUUAGACGGUAUUCAAGUAGAGCUGCAGGCAACCGAUCCCACCGAGAUGGGACUCGAUGUCAUAAGAAGCCGUGCCAACUAAAUCGGAGUCUCCAAGAGGCAUGGGUAUUUGAAUUCCUUUCUGCUUUUGCUUUUAGUGAAAUGUUAAUAGGGUUGCGGGAGGCGGUAAUAUCGACCUGACUGAACUUUGAUAUUGGUUUGUUGGUUAAGUUUUUUUAUAUAGAAGUGUUCGGUCUCGAACAAAUUAUAUGGUUUUGUUAUGCGCAGAGGUUGUAUGACCGGAUGUGUUCAUAGUUUGAUUCAUUAGAACCAAAAGUCUAUCUACUUCAAUGGUAUGAAUAUGACACUAUUUCUUUUAGGUUUGUUCUUGCAUGUAUAAAAAUGGAUAUUUCGGUUA